AUGGCCUACAGGGCCGCCCUGGCCCCCGCCCUGGACACCCUGCCGCCCACCCUUGUCGCCUCGGGCGUCGUCUGCGUGCUGCGGCGGCGCCGGGGCCAGUGGCCCGCGUGGCCGGGGGCGCUGACAUGGCUGAGGGGGCCGGCCGCCGCGGACUGUGCCGGGGUGGUGGCGGAGCUGGAGGGCGCCGCGGCGGCGGCGCGGCAGCAGCAGCAGCAGCAGCAGCAGCAGCAAGUGCAGCAGCAGCAGCAGCACCAGCACCAGCACCUAGCCGCGUUUGUCGCGGCGCCCGCACUGCAGCCGCUGGCGCGCAGCGGCUCAGGCUCGCCGCCGCCGCCCCCCUCCCAGGUCGCGGUCGCCGGGCGGGCGACCUCGGGCUCGGCCUCGCCACCGGCCGCGCUGUCGCCGUCGCCCCCGCAGCGGCUGCUGGUGCGGGGGCCCCAGCAGCAUGGGGCGUCGUCCUGCAUCAGCGAGGCGCUGCAGGGCCUGACCCUCCAGCUGCACCAGCAGGCGGCCGCUGCGCAGCGCGCCCCCUCGCCGCCACAGCAGCAGCAGCUGCAGCAGCAGUUUUGA